AUGCUAUCAAAAGAUUACACCAGCACGGCGUUGAGCAACGUGAGCGUCUCCAUACCGUCAGCCGUUAAACGUGGCGAUAAUGCUAUCUUAAUCUGCAAUUACAACCUGGAAUAUGACAAUCUAUACACCGUUAAAUGGUAUCGCGGAAGACGCGAAUUUUAUCGCUACACACCGAAGGAGAAUCCAGCGUUGAAGAUAUUUCCCGCCAGCGGUGGAUAUACAGUCGAUAUGUCUGAAUCAAACGCCACACACGUCUUCAUUCGCAACCCCACGUCUGGCAAAUAUAGCUGCGAGGUUUCAGCCGAUGCUCCAUCUUUUGACACAUUCUUUGUGUCGGGCGAAAUGGAAGUUGUGGAACUUCCCACGCAGCGUCCGGUUAUAACAGGGGUGCAUUCGCGCUAUCGCCUUGGUGAUGUUGUCAACGGCAACUGCUCAUCGGAUUUCUCCAAACCAGCAGCAAAUUUGACUUGGUGGAUCAAUGACGUGCAGGCACCUUUACAUUAUGUACGAAUAUUUGGCAUUCAACGCCACUUCGCAGAAAAUCUCGAGUCCGCUGUGUUGGAAAUCAAUUUUAUCGUCACACUGCAGCAUUUCAUUAAGGGCCGCUUAAAGCUUAAGUGCUCCGCCCGCAUUUAUGACAUUUACGUGCAAGAAGCCGAAAAGCUUAUCGAAGAGGAUCGUCCGCGUAUUCUGGCAUCAGGCCGUUCGCCCGAGCUCAAUAUGUAUCCCUUUGAUCACAUGCCAGACGCAGAAGGUUUCGAUGAGCAUAAUGAGUUAUAUCUGACGCAUUAUAACAAUUAUCCAUCAGCGGCUUCAACCAGGACAAAGCUCACGCGUGACACGCAGCUCCAGACCAUGGCCGCUGCUGUGUUGCUCAUUACCGCAAUCAACAGCCUUUUGGCGCCCACAUUAGAAGCAAUUAUACAAGUCGGCGAAGGAAGUCAUGCAAAGCCAGCAACAGAAAAAGAGGAAAAUGCCACCGAAAAUCAAAUUAUUUUACAGCACUGCCAGACAAAUUCAGACGAGCAAGAAGCCAAGAGUAAAUGCAUCGAUGAAAGUGAGUUGAUGGUGAAUCGAAUGAGGCACAGAAAGCGGUGAUAAGUUGCGGAGAAAUGCAUACAAGUAUUUUAUUAUAAUUAUAUAAUAAAAGAAAACGAAGAAAAAACUUAUUAUAAUUAAUAAAGAGUAUUGAAAAAUUAUUAUAAGCUAAAUUUACUGAACGUAAAUAAAAAACUAAGUAAAUAAAGUAAGCUGAAAGAAGAAAAGUAUACACAUUUAAGUUUAAGCAAGCAAAUCAUGGUUGAAUCUUCAAUGCAUACAAAUAAAAAUCAGCCUACAUACCCAUACAUACAUAUACAGUCCUGCAUCCCCAUACAUAAAGAAGCUUAUUAAUAUUAAGAUAAUGGACAAAUUACAAAGGAGGGAACUGAUAAAGUUUCA